AUGCUACGUCGUCUAGCUGCCUUUGGCCACCAGGCCCCUAACGAAGAGCGGCCGAUGUCGCCUUCUCCGGGAGAGGAGCAGCCUCCGCAGGAGCCCCGGACUGUAAGCGGCCUUGCCGGCGUCUUCAAGGGGCUUGCGGGCGGCGGGAAGACGAGCAAACCGCUGCCUCCCAUCCCGCAAGUACCUCCUGUCGUGGGCUCUACUGCCCUCGGGAAACGGCCAGAUGCUGUCUCCCAGGCAGUUUCUUCGCUCCAGGGCCUCUCCCCUGAGCAGGCCGACCUGGUUGCAAAGCUCAAGAAUGGACACCUGAGUGAACGAGUACUUGCAGCAAACAAGCUUCGGUUCGCCGUCGUGGACUUUCCUCUGAAUCCGGUUCACGCCAUCUGGCAUGCGGCCAAAGACAUGAUCCACCCGGAAAAUCCAGAUAAUGCUCGCCAGGCGUCCUGGGAGCUCCUCAUAGAGUGCGUCAAGUAUCCAAACUCGACGGAGCUCGAACGGAGCGAGUAUUUUCACACCCUUACCGGUCCAGCUCAUUCUAAGGACUUCUGCUACCAGCUUGUGGCACUCGAGCAGCUCACAAAUCACGGCCGCAAUAUUGCCGGCUUCUACUAUGAAAUGUUUCCUCUCCUGACCCUCUGGCUCAACCAAGCCUACAGAGCCGCGAGGGAUGCCCGAAAGCUGGCACUCGCGCGUGGAGCGACUAAGAACUCCUCAAAAGGCAAAGCGCCGGCCUCGCCCGAGGAUAAGAACUUGUCCCAGCUAUUCGCCCUGGUCAAGGAUGUCAUCAAGUUUAACUUCAAGUUUGCGACAGAUGACGUGAUCGCAGGCCUGAUAGAUAUGCUCCUGAAGAUCUGCAUGCUCACCAGCGUGGAAGACGACCUGAGGGCCUGCAUCCACGUCAUUGAAUCUCUUGUCACCUUCGGCUCGAUUCCAACCAAUAAGUUGAAAUACUGCAUCCAGGUACUCAGUUCUAUCCACUGCUUGGUCCCCAGCCUGCAGAAGGAAGCGUGGCACACGAUUUCGAUCAUCUGCCGAUCGCAUCAUGGCCAGUCGACGGUCCGAAUUUUGCUAGACUUCCUCCGAUCAUACUCGCCGAAUCCGGAUAAGAAUAGGGAGAAGGACACGGUCAGGGAUGUCAGGGGCGCACUCUCUGUUCUUCAAAAACUCCUCAGGAAGACCGCUGAGAAAGGCUAUCCGCAAGUACCUUUGUCCCUUCUCGUCGGCGGAUUGGCCAACGUUUCCAAGAGCAGCUCUACGAGAGUGGCCACUGAGAUUCUCAGACUGAUCAACUCCCUGUUCCAUGGCCGUGAGGGCAACAUUAAUCCCAUCUUGGUCGAAGAGCACUGGGAGCCGAUUUUCGAUGUAGCUGCCCAGUGUGCCACAAAGGCUGUUACGCUUCCUCCUGCCGACGCCAGCGCCUCUCCCCUGCCGACAGUGGCCAAGGAAGAGCCGGUGGUCGAGGAUAACGUGUCGCUUCAAUUGAAGCAUCUCAUCCUUCGCGUCGAGAAUCUGAUUGUCCACCAAGGACCUGAACUCCUUCAGCGAGACGACUGCAUGAAGUUUCUCAUCAGGGUUCAGCAUGCCCUUCCUGACUCGGCAGCCGCUCUCCUCGUUGGUUACCUUCGAGAAACGCGCGGCUGCUUCCCGUCCGAAAUUGGCUGGAAGGAAAACCUCAACCUGAUACUGAACCGGUUUUAUCUUAACCGGGCUAGAGACCCCCUCACUCGAAUGCGUGCUCUCGAGGUUGUCGCCGAGGUUUACGAUUUUCUGUGCCUGGCUGAGGGCCUCGUCGAGCAGGAAGUGGUUGAGGAACCUGUGCAAAGUGUGUUGUCUGGUUUGGUGGCUGAGGAUGAUGCCCUCGUUCUGCAGGAAACUGUCUCGUUUUUGGUUACAGUUGCUCAAGCAGCCAAGCCCAGCCUAUUCGACGAUGUCUUGAACGGCUUCAAGGCGGUGCUUCAUAAGGAAAUGUCCCGAUCUCCGGCAAGUGUGCAGUCGUCUUCUUCUCGGAACUCACCAGCCCAGCAGACGCUUUCUGUCGGCCCGAGCCUGUCCAACUUGGUUACCAGGGGAUAUGUUCAAAUCUUCCUACGGACCAUGAAUGUCGAAGCAUGGAAAGCCGUUAAGGCGUUUACGGCACUCGUGCAUGUUGCGCGAUCCAACUCAUGUGAGCUGGAUGCCCGCAUCACAGCGAUGAGACUCCUGUUCCGUUUGCGUGCCGAUGCCGACAACCAGGUGUAUGUCACACCUCUGAUUGAGAACGAGAGCUUAGCUGGCACGCUAUACAGGACAGAGUCGUCUAUGGCCCGCAAGUUGGCCGACGAAGCAGCACAAGCAGGCCGACUAUCGAGGCCUAGCAUCGCUAACCGUCCAGGCCGCGGUCUGUCGUUCUCUCAGGGGCAGACAGUAGAGCGCGGCAUUCCAACGCGAUCGGCCUCUACACCGAAACCAACCUCACACGUGGCUCAGAAACUCUGGGUUGUUCCGGACGUAGACGCUUUGCCUGAAGCUCCUCCAGAGGCACCAAGUCUAGUUCUUCUGUCACACAAGGAAGAGGACUCGGUUGGCCAAGCUGAAGCUGAAGUUUUGGACAUGAGCUCAUGGCUUGACGCGUUGCUGAGCCUGUUCCAUCACGGUUGCGACUGGGAGGUAUACAGCUUCAUUCUUGUCCAUCUCCCAGCCCAGCUCAGCAAUCAUCCCAUCUUCCGUGGCGCCAUUCCACAUAUCCGGGAGCUCCGACGUCUCCUGUGUGAGAUGUUACGAGGCUGCACCUUCCAGGAACCACCGUUUGUGUCGGGUCUCCGUCGCACAGACGUGGCAAACUGUCUCUACCAUUCACUCACCAUGAUCCUCAGCUACCACCACCAUUUCUCGAAGGUUGACGAGGACGAUAUUGUUCAAACGUUUACGCAUGGCAUCCCAGACAAAACAGCGAAGACAUGCAUCCACGCCCUCUCCGUCUGCUGCCAUGAACUGCCCAUGUCUGUGAGCAAGUCUCUGAUCACCAUCCUAGGCAGGAUGUCGCAAGUCAUCACGCAGCCCUUCGUGGCUAUGCAUAUCCUCGAGUUCCUGGCCUGCCUGAGCCGUCUCCACUCCCUCUACUCUAACUUUCGUGAGGACGACUACCGUAUUGUCUUUGGCAUCUGCUUCCGAUACCUACAGUAUGUGCGUGAGAAGAAGCAUGCCAUGCGUGGCAGCAUUGCCAGUGAGCCGGCAACACCCAGUGUCGCGUCUGCAAGCCAGCACGAUGUCCUCGGGCACCAAGCUACGGAUGACCUUCCGCAAUACGUCUACGCGCUGGCUUAUCACGUCAUCACGUUCUGGUUCCUGGCCGUCAAGCUUCCCGACCGGCCAAACCACAUCGGCUGGAUUGCCAAAAACCUGUUUACAGAUGUCGACGGAUCGGCUAGCAAUGAGGAGCAGGCACAAAUCACGCUCGAUUUCAUGCAGCGUGUGGCAUUUUCAGAUGCCUCCGACUCAGCUCAAGAUCCUCUAUUCAAGGAAGAGUACUUUGGGACGAUCCAUAAGAAGCGCUGGAUUAUCGGGAACAGCCUAGUCACAAUUCGGCAAGCGAAGGACAGCAACUGGGCUGAAAUCACUCGUCGGUAUCCCUCAGGAACGUCGUCCUACGCGGUGCGUGUCGAGUUCACCCCUAUGCCAGGGCAUGCAGCUCCUGAUGGCUCUGAUGCUAUGGCAUGGGAUGGGCGCUUCCAACAGGGAAUCACCAUCUUCCCCAGCCAUCUGUUAAUGCAGUUGCUCGCCCCAAUGCCGCAGAUUUAUGACCCAGCCGUCCGCCCAAUCCCUCUCCCUGAUGAGGAAGCCGUGGAUCGGGCGAUCCGGAGCUUUGAUCUCAACUCUCCAGUUGACGGGCACAAGGUCGGCGUCAUCUACAUCAAGGAAGGACAGACGCACGAGACGGAGAUCUUGGCCAAUACCAUGGGCAGCCCCGACUAUCACCGCUUCCUUAAGGGGUUGGGUGCUCUGACCAGGUUGAAGGGUGCGACCUUCAACACCCAGGGGCUUGACCGGGUGAACGACAUGGAUGGCCAGUACACGUAUUGCUGGCGCGACAGAGUCACAGAGAUCGUCUUCCACGUGACGACCCAAAUGCCAACGAACCUGGAGCACGACCCACAGUGCAUCAUGAAGAAACGGCACAUUGGGAACGAUUUUGUCAACAUCGUGUGGAAUGACUCUGGCAAACCAUUCCGCUUCGAUACUUUUCCAUCCCAAUUCAACUAUGUCUACAUCGUCAUCACCCCUACUCCGAGAGUGCCCUUCCUUGCAGCUCGUACAGCUAGGAAGGAGGACGAUGACGAACAGCGCUUUGUCAUGGUCCAGGUCAUGUCGCAGCCCGGCUUCCCCGAGAUUUCCCCUGCAGCUGAGCCAAAGAUCAUCAGCCUGAAGGCACUCCCCAGCUUCGUGCGGCUGCUUGCUCUCAAUGCCUCGGUCUUCUCGCUCGUCUGGGCCAAUAGGGAAGGCGGCGAGCACGUAUCAUCUUGGCGUAACCGUCUCCGCGAGAUCAAUCGCCUGCGCGAGCGCUACGGCCCCAAAACCACCGGCUCAGGCGGCGGUGGUCCCCUCCAGGGUAUCUCGCCCUCCCCUCCUCCUGGCAUCCAGCAUCACGCCCAUAAUCAUCAGUAUGGACAUCAGUUCCAUCUAGGAGGUUCCCAUCACCAUCACCAGUACCAAUUCCAUGUCCCGUCCAUCACCCAGCAACCGAUGACUCUCGACCUAAGCGGCACCGGUAGCCCAGGAGGACCAACUCCCUCGGCGCCAACAGGUCCCGGAGGCUCAGCCAGUGGCUCCAUCUCCGGCCCCUCCUCCCGCCCCUCCAGCAUGCCCCUCCGCGACAGCAUCAGCAUCAGCUCCCUCCGUCGCUCCUCAGUCGCCACCUUCUUCACCAACAACUCGUCCAGCACGGAUCCUAGCACUCCCGUCUCUGCUGCCGCUCCCGGCCAGAGCCAGGGGCAACAAGGUCCCGGAGGUCAGCCGCAUCGGUUAUCAGCGGGGGCUGUGUCGAAUCCGGCGAGUGAGAGCAGUAUUGGAACGGUGGGGACGGGGGUUACUACCGUUAGUGGGGGUACUGAGGGUACGGGAGGGACUGGGGGUGUGGGCAUUGUCGGGGCGACGCAGUAUUUACAGCCUCCAGUGGGCACGACGGCGGAGGCGUUGGUGGAGAGUGUUGAUUUUUCAAAGUGGACUUAG